AUAAAACUAAACAUUAAAAUAUUAUUUAUUAAUUUUAUGGAAUAACGUUUUGAAUUAAGACUGCGAACGUAACGUCACGAUAAUUUUCGUAUUUGCUUUGAAAACAGAAUUAAUUGAAAAAUUAAUCGGUUGAAGUUUUUCACAGAUGCCGCGAUCUCAGAGGACUUUUAUUACACAUAUGUGUGUGCUACAACUGCUACAUUUAGAGUGUACAUUUUCUAGAACGUGCUAGAAUCUAGAAGUAGAAGUUUUCCCGAUCUGCAGGCAAAGAAACGUUGUUUCAGUGAAUUUGACUUCUUAUUCCUAUCGAAGAUAAGAAGUGUUACGAUUCUCUCUUCAACUUGACGUAUUCGUGUUUUUUAUACGACAUAUAGUGUUAAACUAAAAUAGAUCAAAUUUAAAAAAAGAUUUAACCAUUUAAUUAAAAUAAAAUUAGAAAUGUCACAAGAAGCAUUGCUACAAUUACAUUGCUACAAUCGUGGUUGUGGGAAGAAAUUCGAUCCUAACAACAACAAAGAAGACGAUUGUAUUUAUCACCCUGGCACUCCAGUAUUUCAUGAUGCUUAUAAAGGAUGGUCUUGUUGUAAUAAGAAAUGUACAGAUUUUACAGAAUUUUUAAAUAUUAAGGGUUGUACAAAAUCAUGUCACUCCAACAUAAAGCCACCAGAACCACAAAAAACUGCAGUCGAUAAAUCUAAGACUAAAGAAGUAAUAGAAAUUAUUGCUCAACCUCUUAAUAAUGGACCUUCGCUAAAAAGGCCUCCUUUUGACACUCCACAAAUUACUUUGACGCCAACUAUAUCACCUGUGUUGUUAGAACAAAUUAAAGGAUUAAAGUCACUAGAAUUAGGAACUGUAUCGGAAGCCAACAUUCAAAUUGGACAGGCUUGUACAAAUAAUGCAUGUAAAGCUACAUAUAAUGGGCCUGAAUCUAAUAAUGAAGUUUGUAACUAUCAUUCUGGUACUCCUAUCUUCCAUGAAGGUAUGAAAUAUUGGUCCUGUUGUCAAAAGAAAACUACAGACUUCUCCAUAUUCUUGGAACAAGCUGGGUGUGUGCAAGGUGAACAUAAGUGGAUUUCCAAGAAUACCGGUAAAAAGAAAGAAUGUAGAUUGGAUUGGCAUCAAACAGGGACAUUUGUCGUGGUUUCAGUUUUUGCUAAAAAGUAUCUGCCAGAUUCAUCCACGGUUAAGUUGAAUCCUAUACGUUUAUCCGUGGACUUAUCUUUUGCGGAGGAUAAUUCAAGAUAUUCUCGCGAUUUAGAAUUAAGAGGAAUUGUUGAUAUUGCACAAAGUAGUGUUAGUAUGCUUCCUACUAAAGUAGAAAUCAAAUUGAGGAAGUCGGAAUGUGGUUCAUGGCCAAAAUUAUAUUUCCCUAGAGUAGAUAAGACAGAAACUGAAGAAAAUGUUAAUAAUGAUGAAACCAUUAAUGCACAAAUGGAAACUGUUGAUCUCAGUGAUCUUUAAGCAUAUACAUACAUAUGUAUAAUUCAUUAAGAGUACCAUUAUGACAUAUGUGCUAUGUUAUAUUUAAGAACGAUAUUUUAAUUUUAAGAUGUAAAGCAAUAUUAUUUUCUUAAUGUUGUCGGAAUUAUGUUUCCAGAAAAAAAACUGGGUAUUCGUAGUAUUCACUUUAUUUUCGUAAGAAAAGAUAUUCAGAAAAGUCUUAUCACUAAACAUUCAUAUUUAAUGUGUUAUAUCUUAUUUAUAAUUUCCCCAAAGUCAAUAAAUCACUUACGAUUUAA